AUGACAUCUCCUCCUCAGUCCUUUCGGGACUCGUCCCCGGCGGGCGCACCAGGCCGGAGGCGCUCCCGAUUUACGUACCGGAACCUGAGCCAGCUUGCGUCCUUCUCUGCUGGUUGCCCCCUCAGAGUCAUCGCCCACAUUGAUCUCGAUGCGUUCUACGCGCAGUGUGAGAUGGUCAGACUGAACGUCGGCGAAGACCAGCCUCUUGCAGUCCAGCAAUGGGAGGGCCUUAUUGCCGUCAACUACCCGGCCCGGAAGUUCGGGAUAGGACGCAUGCGCAACGUCCAAGAAGCUAAAAAGCUCUGUCCAGAGCUGAUUGCUCAGCAUGUCGCAACCUGGAAGGAAGGAGACGAGAAGUGGGCUUAUCACGACGAUGCUGCCGCCAACAUUGCUACUCAUAAAGUUUCCCUUGAUCCUUAUCGUCUCGAAUCUAGGAAGAUCCUCUCCACAAUCAAGGAGUCCCUCCCGUCCGACCUGCAAAAAGUAGAGAAGGCAAGCAUUGACGAGGUCUUCCUCGACCUUUCCGGCCAGAUCCACUCCAUCUUGCUGCAGAGGUUCACGGAACUCGCACAUCCACCACCGUACGAUGACCCUUCAGAGCAGCUGCCGCUGCCCUCAAUCAGUGCUCUUGACUGGGGAGCUGAUGCCCUUGUGGAUCUCGACGAGGUGGAGGCGGAGACAGAGGACCCGGACUGGGACGACGUGGCAAUGCUCAUCGGAUCCGAGAUCGUUCGAGAGGUCAGAGCGGCCGUUCGCCAGAAGCUAAAGUACACUUGCUCUGCUGGCAUUGCCCACAACAAGAUGCUUAGCAAGCUGGGGUCUGGGUACAAGAAGCCCAAUCAGCAGACAGUCAUACGUAACCGGGCGAUCCGGCAAUUCCUGGGCGAUUUCAAAAUCACAAAGAUUAGAAAUCUCGGCGGCAAGCUCGGGGAUCAGGUCGUGGACACCUUCCAAAAAGAAACCGUCCAGGACUUGCUGUCGGUGCCCGUCGAGCAAAUGAAACUGAAGCUUGGCGACGACACGGGCUUAUGGGUGUACAACACGAUUCGCGGGAUCGAUACGAGCGAGGUCAACUCUAGGACGCAGAUAAAAUCUAUGCUGUCUGCCAAAUCAUUUCGGCCCAGCAUCAACACCUACGAGCAGGGGGUCAAGUGGCUUCGUAUUUUCGUUGCCGACAUCUUUUCCCGAUUGGUUGAAGAAGGCGUUCUUGAAAACAAGCGACGCCCAAAGACGAUCAACCUGCACCAUAGACAUGGGGGCCAGACACGCUCUCGACAGAGUCCCAUUCCUCAAGGCAAGAUUCUUGACGAGGAGACACUGUUCGAUCUCGCCAAAAAUCUCCUCAGCCAGAUUGUAUUUGAAGGCAGGGUCUGGCCCUGCGCGAACCUGAGUCUCAGUGUUGGUGGAUUCGAGGACGGCAUCACAGGUAACAAGGGCAUUGGCGCGUUCUUGGUCAGAGGGGAGGAGGCGCAAGCACUCAACACGGCCUCCUCAGCGGCCACUCACAGCCUGGGAAGCGGCCAGACAUCUGCAGAGAAGAGAAAAGCGAAUGGCGAAGGGCCCAGCAUCGAGCGUUUCUUCUCCAAGAGGUCGACGCCAAACAGGACUGACUUUGCGGAAUCCUCAGACAUGCGCGCCGGGCAUGACGACGUGGACCUGACAUCACGGAGUCCCUCGACAGACCUGUAUCAACAGGGGCCACCUGCAGGCUCGCCUGUCCCCAGUGUCGCAAAGAAGGAGGAAGAACAGCAGAUGGGAGACAGUCUAUAUGCCUGUCCCCGCUGUGAUUCACAGCUCGAGACACAUGAAGCUCUGCAGAGCCACCAGGACUGGCAUCUGGCCAAAGACCUCCAGGACGAAGAAGAACGUGGCACCCGAGCAUUUGUCCACGGUGCAUCCACCGCAAUGCCUUCAUCUGGCGGCGGGUCCAGGAAGGGCGGAGCGACGCAGUCCAAGAAGGCAGUGCGUUCCAGCAAGAUCAGCCCCGGGCAAACAAAGCUCAAGUUUGGCUGA